AUGAAGGUUGUCCUGGUACUUGCUCUGUUCGUAGCCGUGGCAGUCGCUCGCCCAGGUGACAAGUACACCACCAAGUACGACAACAUCGACCUUGAUGAGAUCCUCAACAACGAAAGACUCUACAAGAGGUACUUCAACUGCCUCGCCAACAAGGGAAAGUGCACUCCCGACGGAAAGGAGUUGAGAGGUGAUUUCAUCGGAAAGGCAUUGAUAACCACAUGCUACGAAGUCCUUCGUGGUGAGGUUCCUUCGAGAAUAGAAAUCUUCUCAUUGCUGCCGAACGACUUCCUCGCACAAACAAUUCGCUAUUGGCACUAUGAUACUUCCUUAACUGCCAAAGCAAACUUAACCAAUAGAGAAAACAUCGUUUGGAAUCGGAAAGUGAAUCUUAAGAAUGAAUCUCCUACGAUGGUACAUCCAGCUUCUAAGUGGAUACCUGGCCCUUUACUGAAGGUACUCCCGGAUGCUCUGGAAACGGAAUGUGCCAAAUGUUCAGACCGCCAGAAGAAAGGCAGCGAUAAGGUACUGAAGUUCUUGUUGGAGAAGAAGCAAGCCGACUAUGACGUCCUAGAAAAGAUAUAUGACCCCCAAGGCAUUUACAGGAAGAAGUACGAGACCAAUUAG